CGUUAUUGCAGUUGCUUGCGUUGCAUUUUUUUCUUUUCCUGGAGUUUCUUUUUGUCAAUACCUCGUCGUCUACCCAUGUGCUCGAUAUCUUAACAUUCGACAAUUUUCGCAGAGCACGAUGGUGUUGGCUCAGUAUCUAAAGAGAGCCGUAGCCUGGCUCGCUCCACCCCCAAAACAAUCUGAGGAUGGACGGGACCAAUGGCCCUCCCGCGCAGCCUUCCUUCUCGCUGCGAUGGGCGGAUGCGCAGGACAGGGAAACUUGAUCCGGUACCCGUCAGUCGUAUACAACAACUACGGGCUGCAGUGGUUUAUACCGUACUUCUUAGCGAUCUUCUUCGUUGCCAUCCCCGCGCUUAUCCUCGAGAUCAGCAUUGGUCAGGCCUACCGCGGCGGAACAGUGAUCGCAUUCAACAAUAUCAAUCGCCGUCUUAAAGGUGUGGGCAUUGGACCUAUUCUGGUGAGCUUCAUCGUCACGCAGUAUUUCACGGUGAAUCUGGCCUGGAUUAUGAAUUACUUCCGGAAUAGUUUUCGGUCUCCACUUCCUUGGGAGGGCCGAAUCGAGGAGUUUUACAUGGGCGAUGUAAUCCACAAUGUUGAUCCUGUGGGCGGGGAGUUGAGUACGGACGGCAAACACGUUCUUUCGUACACGGAGUACCCCGGCGUCCGGCUUUUGGGGGAAACAGUUGGCUGGAGUGCCUUCAUCUGGUUUCUCAUCUGGGUGUCCAUUUUUCGAGGCGUGGGCCUAACCGGCCGAGUCGUCUACUGGACAAUGGGCCUCCCCAUCGUCACGACAAUCAUCUUCGUUGGCCGCUCUCUAUCCCUUGAAAACGCGUCUGAGGGCGUCAAGUUACUCUGGGCAACCUGGCGCGGCGGACAACUCGCCUCGGGAACCGUCUGGCAAACAGCCGUGGGCCAGGUUUUCUUCUCGACGGGUAUCGGAUUCGGCUAUUUCACCUCUUAUGCGUCCUACAACGCGAAACACAGCAACGCGGUUAUGGACGCACUGCUUAUAUGUGGGAGUAACGUGCUCUUUGAGAAUUUUGCCGCAUUUGCGGUUUUCGGUGUGGUUGGAUACCUACACCGCUGGCCGGAGGAUGGUGUGCGACUCGGUGCAUUUGUGGUAGGUUUCUUGACGCUUCCUGAGGCGGUUCUGCAUAUGCCUGGGUCGAACUUCUGGGCUAUCUUGCUGUUCUUCACCCUCGUUGUGUUAGGGUUUAGUUCUGCAUUCGUCAUGCUUGAUGCCGUGGCUACACUUGUCGUUGAUAGCGGGCUUAAGGUCUCAAGGCCCAUCAUUGUGACGGUUCUGACACUUAUCUCGUUCCUCAUGUGUCUUCCCUACUGCACGGAAUUCGGAUUUUAUCUUCUUGACGGAAUCGAUCGUUGGAUUAACAAUAUCUGUUUGAUCUUCGUUGUCUGGUCUGAGGUUGUUAGCGCAAGCACUGUCUACCGCUGGCAGGACGUUGUGGACCAGACUGGUCUUCCAGCAUUCAUCACGUACAACUUUGCCUACUUCGGUGGACAGGUUAUUGGAGUGUCUGUGGCGCAUGGUACCGAGAACCCCGGAAUUGGCGCAGGCGCCGGAUUCGGGGUCUACGUCGUCUUCUCGAUCCUUUCGGCUCUCCUUGCUAAAACACCGAUUCAACCGGCCCCGAGCUUCUGGGGGAGAAACUCAUUACUCAGUCGGUUCUGGUAUCUUGCUGCAUACUCGGGCAACCAAAUUCGCCGCGAUUUGAAUGCCAUCAUCGGUGGGGAAAAGAAUUGGAAGAUCCCCUCUGUGUGGCCCGUCCUGCUCCGCUACGUAUGCGCGCCUGUGCUCGCGAUCAUCUUCAGUUUCGCGUACCCUGAGUUCCACACCCUGCGCUACGACCCGCUCAUGAUCACGGGAUUCAUCCUUGCGCAUAUUCUUCUUCUCAUUAUUCUGCUCGGGUUGGUGAUGCCGAGGUACUAUGAUGUUUUCAUACCGCCCAACCGGAUUGAUGAGGGCGGGAGGCUUAGGGCGGAUCUGGCGAAUGACCGGAUUAUCCCUGGGGGUUCAGAUGAUGGGAAAUGUGACAACUGUGCCAGUGCUCCCCGACAAUCCGGCCAUGAAGUAGCGCCUAUCUUCCUCGUUGAGCACUUGGCACCUACGUAUGAAACUUGUCUCUAA